AUGGAAACUUCCACCACCCCAAAGAACUAUGACAUGACCACAGGAGCCGACUAUGGAGCCGCAACCCCGUGCCAGAAGGUACAGGAGAGGGCCUUUGGGGCCCAGCUGCUGCCCCCCGUGUACUCGGUGGUAUUUGUCUUUGGCCUGAUAGGCAACAUCCUAGUGGUCCUGGUCCUCAUGCAAUACAAGAGGCUCAAAAGCAUGACGAGCAUCUACCUCCUCAACCUGGCCAUGUCUGACCUGAUCUUCCUCUUCACGCUGCCCUUCUGGAUUGACUACAAGCUGAAGGAUGACUGGGUUUUUGGUAAUCACAUGUGUAAGUUGCUCUCUGGGCUUUAUUUCAUGGGCUUGUACAGCGAGAUCUUCUUCAUCACCCUGCUGACCAUCGACAGGUACCUGGCCAUUGUCCAUGCUGUGUUUGCCCUGCGGGCUCGGACCGUCACCUUUGGUAUCAUCACCAGCAUUGUCAUCUGGGUCCUGGCCGUCUUGGCUUCUGUCCCGGGCUUGUACUUUUCCAAGACCCAGGAGACGUCCACUCACUACACCUGCAGUCUUGAUUUUCCUCCUGAAAGCCGAAGCACGUGGAAGCAGUUCCAGGCUCUGAAACUGAACAUCGUGGGGCUGGUGUUGCCUCUGUUGGUCAUGGUCGUCUGCUACACAGGGAUUAUAAAGAUUCUGCUCAGACGACCAAAUGAGAAGAAGUCCAAAGCUGUGCGUCUGAUUUUUGUCAUCAUGAUCAUCUUCUUUCUCUUUUGGACCCCGUACAAUCUGACUGUGUUUGUUUCUGCUUUCCAAGACUCCCUGUUCACCCAUGAGUGUGAGCAGAGCAAACAGCUGGACCUGGCCAUACAAGUGACGGAGGUGAUCGCCUACACCCACUGUUGCAUCAACCCCGUGAUCUACGUCUUUGUCAGUGAAAGGUUCCGCAAGUAUCUACGGCAGUUGUUCCAUCAGCUGUUCGCCGUUUGCCUGGCUAAAUGGCUCCCCUUCCUCUCCAUGAAGAGGCUAGAGAGGGUCAGCUCCACGUCCCCCUCCACCGGGGAGCAUGAACUCUCUGCUGGGUUCUGACUCAGGCCCCUGGAGGCUGACCCAGGACCCAACAAGAGUGACCUGCCUGGCAUGCCGGCUGGGGAGGAGGCAGCUUGGGUGUCCUGGCCAGAUUAUGAUGCCUGACGCAGAUGGAAUGGUAGCCACGUGGGGUUGAGGGAGCUCCAGGUGCUCCAGACCAAAUCACCUCUGGGGCUUGAGUUUUCUCUGUGAACUUCCCUUUGGUAGAAAGGAGAUGAAUAAAUGAAACGGGACAUUCCAGAAGACUGGGACAAAGGAUGACCAAGAAGGGCUUGGUCCCAAACAGGAAUUCAGAUUUGUGAACAUUAACAUUUGUAAACCAAACCACUGAGCAUCUGCCACCCUUGCCCCGUCACCAGUGAACUUGGAAAUAGUGAUUUCCACCACGGACUCCACUCUGAGCCGAGAGCCAGUCAGGAGCUGGCGGCUGCCUCCACCUACCCACCCCACUCCCACUGCAGGGUUUAGGCUCUUGGAAACCCUGAGGAACCUAGGACUCACGAUGGAAGAACUUGACAUCUGAUGGGAAGUAGGAUUGGGGAACUGCUUUUGGCAGUGGAACUAAGAAAGCCCUUGGAUGGAAUUUUUAUAUUCACUAAAAUUGAACAAUUCACGCAGUGGGCUGGAUACAGACGAAAUGUAUAAAAUGCUGCGCUUCUUGAAAUAGCCAGGGAGCGGAGGAAGUCAUUACUUCCAUUUAGCAUCCCUUUCUUUCUGAAUAUUUUUCAGAAUCUCCCUUCCCUGUAAGUUGAGGGAUGUGGCAGUAAAUUCUGACAGCUUUAUUGCAGAAAUUAGUAACAGGCCAAAGGAGACCGGAUUGCUUUUCUUCCUCUUGGUUCUCCAUCCAGACCUUUUAGUUGUGUGGCUCAGAGUUUUGGCAGCCACCUUGCACACAUCAGCAGAACAGGGACCUGGUGUGCAAGCUGAUGGGGUUUGAGGCUGGGAGGGUAAUGUCUACCAGGAAGGGUGGGGGCCCUGUCGAUGUAGGAAGUUGAGGAGCCCUUAACCCAAAGAAACUUAUUCACCCUAAAGGUCCUUAACGCUUCAGCUCUCACCUGAAGUGCGAUAGGACUUCCUAUCCAUUAUGUCUUCUUCCCUUUUCCCUCAGACAUAGAUUUUUUUGAAAAUAAUUUUCCCAGUAACAAAAAUUGUUUUCUAGAAAAGCUUAAAAACACAAAGGGGAAAAAAACCAUCAAAAGCAUUCAUAAUCCCCCUACCCAAAGACAACCACUGUACAUUCUUUGAUGUACUUUCCUUUAGUUUUUUUUUUUCUCCUAUGCAUAUCUGUGUUCAUGAGCAAGAUGGAUUUCAGCUGUAUUUACUCUUCCACUGUUGUUGUUU